AAUCCUCCAAGAGCUUUUCCUGCACCUGUCUGGGUAAGCAGCUAAAUGAAGCCUGUCUGUCUUUUUCUUUGUUGUUCUUUUCUUCUUAAUGAAGUUCAAACAUUCAACAGUAAGAAUAUGGACCGUCAUUGACUUCAAUUCAGUGCAGUUCUCCGUGCACUCGCAGUCUCCGGGCGCAGCCAAAGGAAGGACUUUGCGCGGCUGACGUCAGGAAUACCUCACCAGCAGAGCGCGGCCCACUGGCGGUGGGCAGGGUGCUGCUGAAGAGGACUCGGUCCGACCUUGUGUGGCUCACAGUCCCGCGCACGGUUGUGCGUAAACGCUGCCCAAAAAACAGCAACCAGUUGGCGGCGGUUAAAGCCCCUUCAGGCGCGUACGACUCUGGCCUUCAUUCAGGUGGGUUUUUUUUUUUAAUUUGCAACGCAUCCACUUCUGGGUUGUGUGCACUGGAGAUCAGCACUACUCCAACCCUCUUCCGCAUAUUGGGUUUCUAUGCAAAGAGAAGGUCGCCCGUGUCUCUCCAAGGAUUCGGGAAACGAAGAUUGCUGCUUACACGGACUCGGUGUGUCUCACUGACUUUUUAAAAAAAAACGGUUUCUGUGCAGUUUCUUUUAAAUCAAAGGAUUUCCUCAACUCUCAAAGCACAAUUCGCCCCCCGGCUGGGAUUACUCGUUGCAUCGCUUAUGUUUAAAUAUAACCCUUUUUCGGACAAGUCUGUGCGGAGCAGUGUGCGGCGCACACCUCGGAUCAUUAUGCAUUGGAUGUAGGACUCCCUCGGUCUGUACGAAGUGCCAAAUUGAGACGGAAUGGCGAGCGAGUGUAAUCGCAAUAUUGUGGAAAAGUACAUCUGCCAUAAACUCUCCAAGCGGGGCUACGUGUGGGGGUUUGAUGAUGUCCGAGAUGAAGAUGCCGCUGAUAACGGGUCGAUAGUUGCCCCUCCACCGACUCUGGUGCGCCGGUGCCAUGGAGCCAGCACCGGGCCCGACGACGAGAGCCACCCCGACCUCUGCAGGCGGCCGCCUCAGUCCGAGCCGCGCGCCGCCGUCCACCGGGUCCUGCGCGAGGCGGGCGACGAACUUGAGAGACUGUACCAGCCGGACUUCACGGAGAUGUCGCGGCAGCUGUACCUCACCUCCACCACGGCGCAGAGGCGCUUCGCCGAGGUGAUCGACGAACUGUUCCGGGACGGGGUGAACUGGGGCCGGAUUAUCGCGUUCUUCGAGUUCGGGGGCACCGUGUGCGUGGAGUGCGCCGACACCGAGGAGAUGACAUCGCAGGUGGACAACAUCGCGGAGUGGAUGACAGAGUAUUUAAAUGGACCGCUUAACAGCUGGAUUAUGGACAACGGGGGAUGGGACGCCUUCGUGGAGCUGUACGACAGACACGGGGAGUCCGUCUUCAGCUGCUCCUGGCCCUCCAUCAAGACCGUCUUCGGCCUGGCUGCACUCGGGGCGGCGAGCCUCACCAUCGGAGCGUACCUCACGCAGAAGUGAAACGAGUCCUGCGUCUCGUCAAGUCAACUUUAUUUCUCAGCGUCCCGCUCCUCUUCCUCGUGCCCCCCCCCCCCCCUUUUUUUUAAAAAGACGCUCCUGACCCCUCAGAGACAACCUUCUCACUCUUCCGAUUCUGGCUCUCUUCAAAGCCUUUCUGCCCGGAGAGCUCCCUCUUCCUCGCCCCCUCACGUCAAAACAGACACAAAUCAAAACAACCUGAAAGGAGCUGAUGCUCGGCCCAUACAGAGCGAAGGGGAGCGUCUUGAAAAGAGGCAGCUUAGAUGUGAUCACACUAAGCUGCCUAUAACGAAGGGGAGAGGAGGGAUCAGUGGUAUGCAUCUCUCUUUUUUUUUUUCUCUCUCUCUCUCUCUCUUUUGUUUUUUUGUCCUGCCUGCUUCUGUUCUGGUUAAAGCAUGAACGUUGAGUGUUAGUGUAGACGCUGCAUGUGUCGGAGACCUCUACUUGAAGGCCUCGGGGACGGGGACGCAGGGACGAUGAGGACCACGAUGAUGACACCCCUCCCCACGCCGGAGAAGAAGUGGCUGCAGAUCCGCCCCUGCUUGUUAGGGUGAAAAACCCUGUUUGAACCAUGGACCCCCCCCCCCUGCAGCCGUCCUUCAAAGGACUUCCUCCUCAGAACAGCUGCUCAGAAUAUAUAAUGGAAACAUCUUGCUCGAACGGUGUGUCUGCUGCUUCCACACCUCGGACAGCUCCAGCGAACACUUCACACACACACACACACACACACACACACACUGCACCAUUAUACUUUCCCAGGGCUCCAAUAGAGGACGGGGCAACUGGAAGACAGCACCCGGCUUCUGGAAUGUUUCUGAAUAGCUCCUUGUUUGCGAUUUUUAUGUUAAUUUGAAUUCUUGAAACCCACACCAAGAAAAAAAAAAAAAAAAAAAAGCAGAGACGGGAGGGGAUAACACACCGGAGGAGCCUGUCGUUGCAGACGAAAAUGACAUCCGUGUGAAUAUACUGCAAGAAAAUGAUGAGCACAGCACGAGAGCUGGAGGUAGAAGUCAAAUAAACGAUGCCUUUUGGAUCUUCAUGCGGGAAGAGUGCAUUCCAAAAGACCACUCCCCUGCUAAAUUAUUCCCCCUCAAAACUCAAAAGCAGCCCUACUGUUUCCUACCUCUGUUGCGGUCUUCUCACUCCUCCUUCGGUCCGUUCAGGUCGACGCGUGUCCUCGAGCGGCCCGGGCCCCCCCAGCAGCUCUGUCAGGCCAGAAUCCUCUCUGACAGAGACGUGGACCACGGCAGCAGUCCUGGAACCCGAGAUGUCCCCCCUCUCUCCUGCCAUUGAUUUGUUCUUUUCAGCCGCGUCUUUUAUCGAUGUAUGUUUUGUGUUACAGUCGGAUAGAUCAUUUUGGAAAGGUUCUCGCAGAAUGUUUUUUAUUGUACACAGUAGUCGGUUAUGGAAAAAAAAGUGAUUUUAUUUCUCCCGUCAUUUGAAAUCCUCAACUUCUUGGUUGCAUGGUCGAAAGAUGCCGUCUUCACACAAUGGAUAUUGUGUGUUUGCAUAUUUAUAACAGAAUAGGUUAGAAGAUAACAAAUAACAGCAAAGAAGUUGCAUUGUCUAUUUAUUGAGAGGUACCAGAUCACAGAUUUUUAACAGUACUUGUUUCACCUUUUUUUUCCCUCUUCUAUGGAAUCACACUGUAACUACAUUAUUUCCUGGCUGCUAUUGUAACAAAGACAACGUUUUUUUUUAAGUGAAUUUCUGUGUCGUAUUAAUAUUGGCUUAAGGCUGCUAUACUGUUGAUCUAACUUUUCAUUUUACAGCUUAAACUGCCACAAAUUAACAGUAUAGUUCUAGAGAGCUGGAAACCAAAGUUAACUUGUAUUAAUCUUUAACUAAAAAAUUAAUUAAAAAACAGACAAAAAACAGGAAAAACAAAAGUAGCUUAAUGAGAAUACAUGUUGCUUCACGUCUCGUGUUUCUGUUCUAUAUCAGCUAACCUUCUGUCCACUUUGUGCUCCAACGGUAACUCAGUGCUCAUCUGUAACACGUCAAUCUGCCAGACUUACAACUUGUCUCAGUUAUCACUAUAUAUACAAAUAAAAUUUAAAAUAAAAACUACACCAUUCUCAUCGCCACAGCUCACGGUGUGAGAUGUUCCAGUGAUGUGUAUGUGAGAGAGGAGCGGCGGGUUGAUUUUAUUAUGAGCAGGAAUAGGAACAGUUUAACAGCAAUAUACUGUCAUUUUUUUUAUAUUCUCUGUGCAUAUAUGAAUGUAGGCACUAUGGUUGCUGUACUGUUUUAAUGUCUAUAAUCGCAAAAACCUGUAGCACUUAUUAUUAAAAAAAAAAGGUGAAUUGUGUUUCCGUUGUUUACUGCUAUAUCCACAAUAAGCUAGUGGGAUCAUAUUGUUCCUAAUAAACCAGAUUUCUCAAGCA